UGUGGUUGCAUAAGCUCUUUCGAUUUUGUCAGUGAUAAUUUAGCAAAAUUUCGUUGGGAUGUUAAGAAAUUAAUUUCGUAAUUUUAUGAUGGCAACAAAAUCUUUGGCAACGGCCACAGUGAGAGCCGUUAAGAAUAGAAAAAUUCUACCAUCUAGAGCUGCUCUGGUUCUGACACAAUCAGCUGUUUCUAGGAUUAAGGAGAUUUUGAAGGACAAGGAUAAUUACAUUGGGUUAAAGAUUGGUGUAAGACAGAGGGGGUGUAAUGGACUUUCCUACACUUUGGAUUAUGCAGAAAAGAAGGACAAAUUAGAUGAGGAGGUGACUCAGGAUGGUGUUAAAGUUAUUAUUGAUAAAAAGGCUCAACUAACUUUGCUAGGCACAGAGAUGGAUUAUGUGCACAACAAGCUGAGCUCAGAGUUUGUUUUCAAUAAUCCAAACAUCAAAGGAACCUGUGGAUGUGGUGAAUCAUUCAGUGUGUAGUAAUCUCUAGGACUAGUCAAUAUGUAAAUAUUUAGAUUAUUUAUUAUAUAUUCAAUUCCUGGUUAUGUAAAAUAUAUAUUGUUUGUUUUA